AGCAACUUGUGGCUAGCUUGUUACCGAGGAAGGCACAGCAGCGAGGUAUCUUCAAGCGACACCACCCAGAGUCAGACUGUCCGAUCGUUCAUAAUUCAGUGAGUCAGUGAAGUCCAGAUGCAUGAGUCUCGGUCAGAACCAGCAGGCCACAGCACACAAACAAGCCAGGCAGAGAGCAGAAGUCCGACUGAGAAUGAGAGUCGACUGAAGAGUAGCCAGACUCCUCCUGCAGAGGCACCCAGGGUUCCAGUCUCGUUGCCUGUGAUGACUCCACCAGCAGAGGCUCCUCAGCAGAUGCAGCAGACCCAGCAACAGCAGGUCCUCAGUCCCCAGCAGAUCCAAGCGCUGCUCCAGCAGCAGAAGGCACUCAUGUUACACCAGGUAAAGCACGUCCAGGGUUUUUAUGUAGUUUUCCUUAAUGUCUCGUUGAUUAAAAGGCCUUUUGUUUGCUUAAUUGCCAUGUUAUUAAUGUGUCUGCAGCAACAGAUUCAAGAGGUCUUUAAGAAUCAGCAGGAACAGAUAAACAUGCAGCUGCUGCAGCAGAAGAAUGCUGGGAUGGUUAGUCAAGAGCUGACAGCCCAGCAGAUUGCCAUUCAGCAGCAGCUCCUUCAGGUGCAGCAGCAACAUCUCCUCAACCUGCAGAGGCAAGGCCUGCUGUCUGUGCUUUCCACCUGCCCCACCGUCUCCCCAGGCUGUGAGAACGGCAGCGUCCUCUCUUCUGGAGACACCAGAGAGUCUUCUAGUCAGUCCACCAACGGUCAUCACACUCUCCUGAAGGGGAAAGAAAGUGGCCCGCUGGAUGAAAACGCACAGAAUAGCCACCCCCUGUAUGGAAACGGCAUGUGUAAAUGGCCUGGCUGUGAGACGGUUUUUGGAGACUUUCAGGCAUUCCUCAAACAUUUGAACAGUGAUCAUACACUUGAUGACAAGAGUACAGCCCAGUGUCGUGUACAGAUGCAAGUUGUUCAACAGCUGGAGCUACAGCUGAAGAAAGACAAAGAGCGUCUGCAAGCUAUGAUGGCCCACCUGAAGUCCUCAGAGCCCAAACCUGCAGCACAGCCUGUGAAUCUGGCAUCCAAUGUAACUUUUCCCCCUGGGACGCUGGCUAAAGCCCCCCCGCCGAUGAGCCUUUCUCAGAGCGCCACGGCACCGUCCACACCCUUGACCCCCCUCUCCGAAUCCCCCUCAGUCCUCACUCCCAGUAACAUGUUCACCGGAAGCCCCGUAAGGAGGCGAUACAGCCGCUCCGUGAGCCAAGAUAUAAUUGAUAAUAAGGAGUUCUACUUGAGCACAGAAGUUAGACCUCCUUUCACAUAUGCAUCUCUCAUAAGACAGGCUAUUUUUGAAUCUCCUCGCAAUCAGCUGACUUUAAACGAAAUCUACAACUGGUUCACGAGAAACUUUGCGUAUUUCAGACGCAACGCGGCCACAUGGAAGAAUGCCGUCAGACACAACCUGAGUCUGCACAAAUGCUUUGUGCGUCUGGAGAACGUGAAGGGAGCCGUGUGGACGGUAGACGAGAUCGAGUUUCACCGGAGGCGGCCACAGAAAGCUGCCGGCAACGGAUCCCUGGUGAAGAACUCUCAGAACCGCCAGAGCCUAGCUGGGUCUGCUCUUCAGAAUGUUGGUCUAGACAUCAACUCAUUGUUCAACACAGCCUCCAUAGGCAGCAUUCCCCUGCACUCCCUGCCUCAUGUUCUCCAGGAGCAGAUGAAUGGAGCUCUGGGUAACGGGUCCGGAUACCAAAGUGACAGCAGUGCAACACAGUCCCCUCCUCAGGCUUUCGUUAAAGAAGAGCAAGAGGACGAGGAGAUCUGCGAAAAUUACCCCUACGAGUCUCCGGAGAGCACAGACGAGAACGGCCACAGCCCGGAAAUGAUCCCGGAUGAGUUCAGCAGCAGCCCGGAGCGAUGCAGCCUUCACCUGGACCGUGUGCCUUCUCUCUGACGACGAGGUCCUGUCGCUGCGCCGCAAAAAAGGCCAACUCACUCACAGCCCGUGUGACUUUGUAUUUAAAAAAAAAAAACACAAACAAACACAACAACAGCUUCAUCUAUGUAACCAAACACUCUGUACUUGGGAUUUUUUUUUAUACUUUCUAGCAUUAGGUUUUUUUUUUGUGUUAAUUUAGUUCUCAGCUAUUUUUGUACAGGUGAUUGAGAUCACAAUAAUACAUUUGUGAAACUGUUUGUGAUUUUCUUGCUUAUUUUAUACAGCGUAUAUAUUAUUAUAUAUAUCUCUACACGAGAGGACCAUGAUAAGUGGAGAAGCCAAAGGAAAGGGAACACUGAUCAGUUAGCACUUCACAAUGAAAGUUCCCCCUCCCCUUCUUCAUCGCAGCUUUGUGCUGUGCCGGGUGGGGGGCAACACUACCUGAUUUUAUUUUACUAGUCAUAAUAUAUAUAUAAAGAUUUGUAGAAGUUCAAAUAAGGAGAAAAUAUUCACUGCCAACACAAUCUAUUUGUAUUUAAGGUCUAAUCAWUCAGUUGAUCAGAAUACGCAGCUUCGUUAGCCUUGUUUUAGUUUCACCUCUUCCAUGAACGUUGCUGAGUUUUGCUCUAACCGAGCUUGUAAGAGUAGAUACUAUAGAUUUAUCAUUAUUGUAAACUAAUGCAUCUCUGUCAAUAUUAAAUUGCUCUUGAUCUAUGUGAA